AUGCCCCUCUUUGUGAGAUCACUUCAGACCUACACCGUAGAUUUGAACCAGCAGAAGACUGUUGGAGAUGUUAAGUCUCUGGUGUCAGAUAAUGAGUUUCUGCCUAUGGAGCAGAUGGCCGUGUUCUUUGAAGGCCAGCCCCUGGAAGAUGAAUGCCAGCUGGCUGCUUUCAGAGACGAGUCAACUUUGAGUGUUGAACUGAGAUUGCUUGGAGGCAAAGUCCACGGUAGUUUGGCCCGUGCCGGCAAAGUCCGUGGACAGACACCAAAAGUUGAAAAGCAAGAGAAGAAGAAGAGGAGAACUGGCCGUGCCAAGCGCCGCAUGCAGUACAACAGACGCUUUGUGAAUGUUGUUGCUGGGUUUGGACGCAAGAAGGGACCCAAUGCCCGCUCAUAA